AUGGACCAUCUAAAACAGUUCACGGCAGUGCAGGUGCAGGCACGGCGGACGCAGGUAUUGUGCUACGAGGGUGCAGUAUCGUCUCAACAAGACAGAGGCUGGAGCAUGGAAAGGCUGCUGGCAAUCCGAAACUUCUUCCGACGCUGGUUUUGCCGCCAGAAGGACCCUUCCGCCUGCCAUCCUGCGAGCCACCAGCAGGCAGUUACGGACUUCGGCAUUCAUCAAUCCGUUCAGGGGGUCAAGCACGAAGAACUAGGCGACCACAAGGAUCCGACCGACGACUUCCAGAGAGCGACUCCGCGGCCUGCGCAGCAGAAAAGCCCGUUCACCCACAGCCUCAAGUGCGGCCGCUUUUAGCUAUGGUUGAGGAGUCGUU